AUGAUCGAGUCUGGCAGCACAACUCCGGUGCUGAUCUCUUGUGGCAAGGAGUUUGACCGCGCAAUUGCGGAUUUUGUGGAGUCCAACGCCUACAACAGAGUGCGCGCUGGCAGAACGGUUGCAGCUUCAUUUGGCCUUUCUACAAGGACCACUUGGCUUGUGAAUGUACUGAAGUUUGGGGAUCCUCACCAUGACGCCUCGCUUCGAGGCCAUGUGGGUUGCCACCCUGAGAUCUUGAAAGGUUUCUUUGCCACUACUGAGAGCCAAUCCGCUAUGGUUGAGAUGCUGCGUAUCUUGGUGGAGACAAAGGACAAUGUCGGCAUGGUGGUUUACUGCAACAAGAACCGACACCGCUCUGUUGGAGUGAGUUGGAUGCUUGCUUCAGCAUAUGGAGUGAUCACAGGGGAUGAGAUCAGUGUGACUCAUGCCAAUGCAGCUGUGUCAUGGUCUCAGAUGUCUGGGAGUUGCAAGGGUGAAUGCAUGGAAUGCCGCCAUGAGUCUGCUGCAGUUCGAGAAGCAGCCAACGUUUGCGUCCAAGCACUGGCUGACUCGUACCUGAAUGAGAAACCAGAUGAAGCUACACUGGCCAGAGUGCGCAAGGAAAUCUUCGAAGUGAGGCCAGUGCCAACGAGCAAGGUCACCCAGCGACUUGGCUCAUACGGAGCACCAGUGUUGAAGAGAAGCAAGGCCGAAGACAAGCAGACCUCAAAGGCUGCAUCACCAAGCACCAAGAUGAUGCCGAUCAAGGCACCGACUCCCACAAGGACGGUGACCACAAGAGCUGCGCCGGCCGAGUUCAAGCAGCUGCCACCGCAGCCUCCUCCUCCGCCGCCGCGAGAGGAGAGAAAAGAGGCGAUUGCGAUCCGGUCUAGGACACCAACUCGCCGUGCAGCACCUGGCUCAGCACGAGACCGAUUGGCUCCAAACUAUCCUUGGCCGGGCUAUGCUUCGUCGAGGGCUUCGAGCACCAGUCAUCGGGAGGAAGAGCCAUCCCCGUCGAAUGAGUUACUUGAAAUUAUGAAGGCGAUGCAGAAGCAGUUGGACGAGCUGAAGAAGGAGAAGGGAGAGGCGACGCACCGACGUCGGCGACGUUCGCCAUUCGCGCGGGCGAUGUCGACGAUCAAGAACCAGAAGCGAUUCGCGCGACUCAAGGAGGCCAAGAACACCCUCACCAGCACCACCUUCGGUUCCACCCGCUCGGAGAGCGAGCGCUACUGGCCAAAGGAGACCGGAUACAGCGGAUACAGCGGAUAUGUGGCGAACCAACCGCUGGCCGAAGCUUGGAAUCGACGAGUUCAAGUUGGCAAGACACUUGUGGAGUUCCUGGACGAGCUGUACUUUGCCGAGAACAAGGGAUGGGGCUUCAAGUCGCGAUGCUUGAUGUGGAUUGGCCCCUAUUUCCCUGGGUCUGACCCGGCAUCUAGGGAGCGCAUAGCUCUGGAACAGGCCAACCAUGAGUCCAACGUCAAGGUCGUCGUUUUGGGAGAAGAUCCUGCGGCACGUCAGCUCACCACUGCGCUGAUGAAGGGUGAAAUUCCAUGGACGGUCACUACGUUUGACUACGUGGCAGGGCGGUGGACCCUGACUGGUGUGCGUGAACCUUGCACAGGGCCACCAGCUUGGAAUCAGGAGCCCCGGUUGAGGAUCAUGAUCUUUGCACCCGGUGACGCACUCACCGAGGAGGUUGACGACGAUGAUCUCGCAGCCGAUGCUGGCGAUGGAGAUGGUCAACAACCAGAUGACCCGAAAGAUGAUGAACCUGGCGAUGGUGUGCCACCAGAUGAGCCAGAGGAUGAGACCCAUGACGAAGCAGGGGACGCAACAGAGUACCCUGGUCAGGAAGGUUCAGCAAUGCUUGGUGUUGAGUUGCGAACUGAUGGAAGUGAACCCCCAGUUCAAGAGAGCCCCAAAAGACAGAUUUCCGAAGAAGUUGUUGUAGGCCCCUUCCAAUUGUCCAAUGAUGUAGGUGACCACCCAGCAUGUGUUUCAGAUGCGUCUCAGGACUUCGACAAGCAGCUGACUGUGCAGCCACCUGGACAAGAGAUUGUCUUGUCACCGUCAUCAGAGGUGGAAGAUGACGAUGUGGUGGUGGAGCGUUGUGGCCCACCUGCAGUGGAAGGCGCUGAGAAAGCGCGACUGCUUUCGGAAGGACAUCAAGUGAUUCCCAGCAAAUGGGUUGAUACAAUCAAGAACAUCCAUGAGAUCAACGGCCCGGACUUCAAGCCGAUCUACAAGGCACGACUGGUCAGCUGUGGAAACUUCGAGAGUGGCAACAAGGAGGAGAUUCGCUGCGACACUCCAACGUCGGAGCCAAGAGUCACAUCUGGUGCUGUGUAG